UCUCCCAAUGCGAAGAUCUGACGGUCCAAAACGCGAAGCAAACCCCACGUUCCUAUAAAGACGAUAAAGCCUCGCGCCUCCAGCCGGCGAGACGUUCGUAACCCUAGCACAGUUGCUCCAUUCUCAGUUCCUUCUACGAGGUCGCAGCAGCCAUGCCUUUCCAGAGGUACGUGGAGAUCGGUAGGGUAGCCCUCGUCAACUAUGGGAAGGAGUACGGGAGGCUUGUUGUUAUCGUCGAUGUCAUCGAUCAGAACCGGGCUUUAGUUGAUGCUCCAGACAUGGUUCGUGGUCAAAUGAACUUCAAGAGGCUCUCCCUGACUGAUUUCAAGAUCGACAUUCCUAGAAUUCCGAAGAAGAGCAAAUUGAUUGCUGCCAUGGAUGCAGCUGAUGUGAAGAAUAAGUGGGAGAAAAGCUCUUGGGGAAGGAAACUUAUCGUGCAAAAGAAGAGAGCUGAGCUGAAUGAUUUUGAUAGAUUCAAGGUUAUGUUGGCCAAGAUCAAGAGAGGGCAUUCUAUCCGACGUGAGCUUACAAAACUAAAGAAGAGUGCUUCAAAGUGAGGUCCUAUAGAAUUACCGGUUAAUGGUUGUUUUUUUCGGCUAGUGUUUGCUGUCAUGUUCUUGAAUUUCCAUUAUUUUACCUUUAGGACAAAUGUAGUUUGGUCAAUGCUAUGAACACUGGAUUCUUAAACUUUUGAUAUGAGCACUUUGUUUUAUUUUUUUUGAA